CUAAGUAUUUUUGUUUAUGAAAAGGAGGGCAGGCCCCCAGCCUCUCCGUCGAUCGAUGCAAUCUGUACAUGACCAGCUGACCGGUCAAAUUUAGCCGGAAGUGCCGCUGGAUAUCGACUGACGGUUCCUUUUACGUGGCUAGCUUUUUAAGAUGAGAAGAGAAAAUAUGAAACAAGCUUCACAUUUCAGCAUUUUUUUUUGUUUGCUUUGUUGAAGUUCUGGCUAAUCAAGGUAAUAUAUGCUAAUGGGAAAAAUAGUUUCAUUGAACAAUAACAGAACAAAUGUUUGAAGAUGAGGAUCGUUUGAGUGGGAGAAAUUGCAUUAUGAUGACAGAUCUAUUUACACGGCCAAAAUAAUAUCAUUAUGAUGCUGAUCCACGUGUAUGGUGCAAGUCAACUCUGCCUGCCAGACGUAGAGAUCUAAGCCGAAAAAUUGGACGAUAUUCAGUGCCUUGGAAAUACAUAUAAAAAAUCUCCAACUUGGAGAAAUAGAAAACAAGAUCUUAGUUGAUGCGAUGCAUGGAUAUGCUGGCAAUGGCAUCAAAGAAUCUUGAAAGGGUGUCACAAAACAGGACACUAUAUCAUGGCAUGCAAUCCAUCGCUUUCGGCCAGCCACGCGGCUUUGAAGCCACAACUGCUCACAAAGGGAAAAUUCAAUAAUGCGUUGCCCUCCACAAUCCAGACGGGACAGAACUUUUUUUCUGAUCAACAAGAGAUGGAGGAGACAACAAAUACAAGAAUCUAUACAUAAUGGACGCAGAAGCCGGGGAGAACGCUGGUGAAGCGGAACAGAUAACAGAUGGCGAUUGGACUGGCACACACACACUGCCAAUGAUCUCGGAACAGAGACUGGAUCGUGUGUUCUCAUCAAACCAUGACAGGCCUGCAGAUGCGCCGGAGCGCGACCAUGGCCUAGACCCCGGGUACUUCGUUGUUACGUACUUGGUAAACACAAUCGACCGCUCUGUGGUGAGGGUAAUCCAGAGUGGGUAUGAUUUCUCCAGGCACGUGAACCAUCCAGUCUUCAGUCCAGAUGGGCAGAGCAUCGCGGUGACAUCGGACCUUGCUGCGGUGUCCACUAACCCAAUGUCGCCUCCAAUCUUCUUGCACUCGGUGAGGCCCUAUUGUGACAUCUUCACCGUUGAUAUCGACCCUGACGACAUGGAGGAGAACCAGGAUGUGGAGAAGUUUGCCCGUGUCACGCAUAACAGAUACGAGAACUCCACUCCUGCCUGGUCCGUGUUCUCGACUCAUGACCCGCAUGCACAGUGGAACCUCCUUGUCAUGGAGGAAAGUUACACCCCGUCGUGUCCGUAUGCAAAUUGACGGAGGUGAAAGUUGGCACAUGACAGGCCAGAUAGCGUCCUGAAAAAGUUCUGUUUCUUGCUCGUUUGGGAUUCAUUGUUUGAGAUGUAUCUGGAAUUUCUGUUUGGAUUGCUGUUGAACAUUUGCAUUUUACACAUUUCAUCUUGAUGUAAUGAGACUUCA